AUGCCGCGCUCCUUCCUGGUGGACUCGCUGGUGCUGCGCGAGGCGGGCGAGAAGAAGGGCGAGGGCAGCCCGCCGCCGCCGCUCUUCCCCUACGCCGUGCACCCCUCGCACCCGCUGCCCGCGCUGCCCGCCGGCGCCUGCCACGCGCGCAAGGCCGGGCUGCUCUGCGUCUGCCCGCUCUGCGUCGCCGCCUCCCAGCUGCACCCGCCGCCGCCCGCCAUCCCCCUGCUCAAGGCCUCCUUCCCCCCCUUCGGCUCCCAGUACUGCCACUCGCCCCUGGCCCGCCAGCAGCACUCCGUCUCGGCCGUCGGCGUCGGGCACGCCCCGGCGCUCUACCAGGGCGCCUACCCGCUGCCCGACCCGCGGCAGUUCCACUGCAUCUCCGUGGACAGCACGUCCAGCCAGCUGCCGAGCAGCAAGCGGAUGCGCACCGCCUUCACCAGCACGCAGCUCCUGGAGCUGGAGAGGGAGUUCGCCUCCAACAUGUACCUCUCCCGGCUGCGGCGAAUCGAGAUCGCCACCUACCUGAACCUCUCCGAGAAGCAGGUGAAGAUCUGGUUCCAGAACCGCCGGGUCAAGCACAAGAAAGAAGGCAAAAGCAGCUCCCACCGGGGCGGGGGCCCUGGCCACAGCUGCAAAUGCUCGUCCCUUUCCACCACCAAGUGCUCGGAAGACGACGAGGACUUGCGCAUGUCUCCAUCCUCCUCAGGGAAGGACGACAGAGGCCUCGCAGUCACCCCCUAGCCCAGCACGCCAGACACCGGCUCCCCAGGGACCGUGCGAGAGCAGGACGGGGAGUCCUGCCUGCUCAGGGGCCGACCCGCAGUGGAAGGAUUUUAUACCGUUUUGUAUAAUUGUGUAAUUUGCGAAGGACUUUCUCGCCUUUCUAGAUCCCCGGCCGCGAGGGCCGGUGUCCGUGAGCCCUGUUGUAAAUAAACUGCUCCCUAGGACCCAGGCGUUCCCCAGUAGUGCUUGCUGUCUCCCUCGUCUCCCCGCAGGCACCGCCCGCCCUCCCCGGGGAGCGCCCCGGCCCGGCAGCGCUCUCGCAGCCCCCCC